AUGGUAUCUCAAUAUGAAGUCAUUAGACACUAUAAAUAUCAUGUUUGUAAUUGUGACCUGAUUGAUUUCAUUCUAAACCAUCCUGCAGCUGGAACACCAGUACCUAGUAAUGAUCGUGUCUCUGUGACAUGUCGGUAUCCAUCUGAUCCAACUGUUGUAUUGGGGGUUCUUUCAACAGUUUUUCUUAUUGUAUCCACCGUGGUUGGGUAUAUGUCUCUGUUUUACCCUUAUAAAGGAAAGAUUGUUCCACAAGGAGCUAUGUUAAAACACUUUUGUUUCUCAGCAUUCUUCAAUGUUGCAUUGUUUACUACUGGAUUAGCUGCAAUGUUCCUAAUAUGGCCAACAAUCACAGAACAGUUGCACCUUACACGCAACGUGCAUCGCGAUAUCAACUACACAUGCCCUACAGCUAAAACCGGACUCUUUGGAGGUGGUGCAUUUUUAUCUCUUGAUUCAUCUCUGCUUUGGUUGAUUGCACUUAUGCUAGCUAAUAAUGUUCGGGAGGAUUAUUUUGAAGAACUAGAAGGAAAUAAGGGCGGGUCUCAUGUUGAUGUUGAAGUGGAUGUAAUGUAAGCGCCUCAAGUCUGUUGCUAUAGUAGGAGAAGAACCAAUAUGUUACAUCGAUACUUUUGUGAUUUACUUUAAAUGGUGUUGAGCAAUUAUGUGAAGAUAUGAAUGUAAAAUAUUUUAAAUGGAUGUUCUCUAAGAAUACUUAUUGCAUGGUUGACCCAAGAAUAAGGUCACUAAUUUUUUUGUCUUAGGCUUUACCUAGACAAGAAGCUUAGGGUUAAUAGAGAUAGUGAUCAAAAGAAGGUUCACAUCACAUUUAUUUACAUAGGAUCAUCUUUGGUUUAUUGUGCUUAACCUUAUUGCACUAAUUUAUAGUUGUACAUGUUUCAA